UAGACCCUAGGGAGUUGUGAGAACUGUCACAACUUCCACGUAGACCUCUGAGUCAAUACAAUUAUUUAUAGUCAUAACGUAAUCUUGUGCAGUGUAUAUAGACUCUAAUCUCAUCUUCAUCCAGGGGAGAAUUGUAUCAGUCGUCUGUCGAGCCAAGAAGUUCUUGGUCGAGCUGAUCAAUAUUACUUGAAUACGAAUCCAACCGCCUUCAUCAUGGCGUUUACUAUUCUGGGGUUUACCGUUUCAUGGCCUUUGGUUGGUACAUUAGUAGCCAUCAUUGUUGGGUAUGAAAUUUGGCAUAUGACAUAUUUCAAACGGAAAGGAAUCAAGGGGCCAAAUCCUUUUCCUGUUGUGGGCAACUCGAUUGAUUUGUUUCAAGGAAUUCAUUGGAAGACUCAAGAAUAUGUCAAAAAGUAUGGAAAUGUCUUUGGCUUGUUCAUGCUUUCGUCGCCUGUGUUCGUCAUAAGUGACCUUGAAAUGGUGAAGGAUAUCACAGUCAAGAGUUUCAGCAAAUUCAUGAACCACAAGACAUUUGUGUUGAAGUCUCGGCCAUUUGACAAGGUAUUAACGAGCCUUAAAGAUCAGCACUGGAAGGAUGUGAGAAAUGUCAUUACACCAUCCUUCAGCGCAGUCAAGAUGAAACAGCUGUCGGUAUUACUCAAUGAAUCCAGUGACACUUUGGUGAAAAACUUUGGAGUAAUUCAGGAGAAGGAGGGCAAGGUGAAAGUAUUUGAUUUAUUUGAAGCCUUCACAAUGGAUGGAAUUGCCAAGUGUGGAUUUGGAAUACAAGUAGAUUCACAGAACGACCCCAGUGAUCCUUUUGUCACCAAUGCUAAGGACUUGAUGAAGAACACGUUCUCUUUGAAGUUUCUGAUUGCUGCAACAUUCCCUGGAAUUGGCAAAAUAAUGGAUUACUAUGGAGUCAGCACAAUAUCACCUAAAAUUGCGAGCUUUUUCCUAUCUGUGGUUGAUCAAGCUAUCGCUGCUCGCAAGGAGAGUGGGGGCUCAAAGAUGAAAGACUUCCUUCAGCUCAUGUUGAAUGCAGCACAGGAGAACAAAUCAGAGAAAGACAAACCGCAGGACGAGAAAGUAGAAGGUGAUCUUCAUGCUUUGAUCGAAGACCAGGACAACAAAAGCUACUUUGAUUUGAAGAAGAGUAAAAAGACAACUCUCACAAAGGAUGAGAUAUACGGACAGGCUAUAAUCUUCUUUCUGGCUGGGUAUGCAACCAUCCACACAACGCUUGGUUUCGUGACCUAUUGCCUGGCUACUAAUCCUGAGGUUCAAGACAAACUCAUUGAAGAAAUUGAUAACGAAACUCCGACUAGAGACGACGUUGGCUAUAACUCCAUUGCAAAGAUGUCCUAUUUGGACAACGUUGUUUGUGAGAUUCUUCGGCUCUAUCCUGCAUCCGUUCUAGUUGAACGACAGUGUAAUGAAACCCAUGUCUGCAAUGGCAUCACCAUCCCUAAAGAUAGUCAAGUCAUGUUCCCUGUCUUUGCCAUCCAUCGUGACCCUGCACUCUGGCCCGAUCCAGAGAAGUUUGACCCUGAAAGGUUCACUAAGGAGAACCGGGAGGGGCGUCACCCCUUGGCCUGGAUGCCAUUUGGUGCUGGUCCUAGGAACUGCAUCGGGAUGAGGUUUGCUUUGAUGGAGAUCAAGAUGGCCACCGUUCGUCUUCUCCAGAAGUACCGCUUUGAGACCUGCCCAGAGACUCCGAUCCCCGUGAAAUUUGCCAAAAUGGGCCUCAAACCUGACGAUGAUUUGUAUCUUCGUGUUGUGGAGAGAAGCUAGACCAAAGGAACAAGACUGAAAUUUCAAGGGUCAGGAUAUGGUUAAAGGAUAAAUGAAUUAGCUUUGAUUCUUUAAAUUGGCAGCACAUAUUCUUGUACUGUUUCUUCAACAUGAAAAGAAAGAUAUUUUAUUGUAAUCAAAACUCAUUUCAAAGAAAAGUAUAGCAAUACAGAAAUGUGCAGAUGUCACAAUUAUAAUAGUCAUAACCAGGUCCAUGAGCCUAUUCGGUUUCCAGACAGGUUUGCACAAUAAAACAUGGGAUAUAAUUACCAUAAAUG